CUCUGCCAUUUCUCAUGAAGUAACAAUGAUCGCGGAAAUCCUUGUCCUAGUGCUAAUAGUAGUGAGUGUUAAGUAUUAUGCAAAUUUUCGUCGGCACAUGUCUUUCGCAAAGGAUUUACACACGGUGCAACCAUGCUACCCGAUUAUUGGAAACAUAAUGAAAAUACUGUGGAAGAACGACGAAGAUCGAUUUCACGGUUUAAUGGAAGGGUUCAGGCACCCUUCGAAACUCUUCAAAUUCUGGUUGGCCUUUAUCCCGUUGCUCACUACCAACGAUCCGGGUAUGAUUCAAAAAAUUUUAACUCAUCCCCAAUGCAUGCAGAAGCCAUAUAUUUACAAGCUGAUAGAAAGCAAGUUCGGUUUGCUAGUGGCAGAUGAUCCAAUAUGGAAACGUCAACGAAAAGCCUUGAAUCCGACAUUCAACCUUAAGGUUCUGAACGGAUUUAUUCCCGUUUUUGACAAACAUGCUCAGAGCUUAGUCAAUGAACUUUUUCAAAAACCAAUAGGAAAGAAGGUUCAAUUUACAGAAAUGGUGACACGGUGCACGUUAGGGAUGGUUUGUGCUACAACAAUCGGUUUAAACAUCUAUGAAGACGCAAACAUGGACAGGAUUCCCCACUUGUUUGAUAAAGUUUGGGAGCUUGUAUCGGCAAGAAUAUUGAAUCCUUUCAUACAUAUGAAAUCAAUUUAUCGACUGACUAAGAAUUGUAAAUUGGAGAAAGCAUUACGACAGGAACAUGCCAAGCUUAUUGAUGAGGUUUUCCAAGAUGCCAAGAUUCAGAGAGCAAAACGAGAGGAUGCAAAUUCCGAUGGUUACAGAAAACCGAACAUUUUUAUUGACCAGCUGUUGGAUCUACAUUACAAGAAAAUUUUUAACGACAUCGAAGUAUCUGACAAUGUUACCACAAUGAUCAUGGCAGGCAGUGACACCUCCGGUACUGAAUUGGGAAUCAUUGCUCAGCUUCUGGCUAUGUACCCACAUCUUCAGGAUAAAGUAUAUCAGGAAAUUAGAAGAGUGUUUCCGACGAAUGACGAACUGCACUUCACACUAGAAAAUUUAGGACAACUGCAAUACAUGGAAAAGUUCAUCAAAGAAGCUCUCCGUCUUUUUCCAAUAGCUCCGGUAAUUUUGCGACAAGCAACGAGCGAUGUUGUAUUAGAUGGACUCCGAAUUCCGUCUGGCACAAUAUUAACAGUCUGCAUAUAUAAUCUUCACCGACGAAAGGAUAUCUGGGGACCUGAUGCGGAAGAGUUUAAUCCAGAAAAUUUCACCCCUGAACGAAUCAAAAGCAGACAUCCCUUUGCCUAUCUACCAUUUAGUGGUGGCAAUAGGAACUGUAUUGGUUAUCGUUAUGGGAUGAUUAGUAUGAAGAUUAUAGUUGUGCAUUUGCUGUUGAACUUUAAAUUGAAAAGUGAUCUAACCUGUCACAGGGAACUGCGAGUAAAGUUUAAUACUUUGCUAAAGUUAUCUGUAGAACCGGGUCUUGUUUUGGAACAUCGAAACGACCAGUUUUGAUCCGGAAAGAGGCUGGAAUAUUCUUUUAAGAGGAGGACGCUGAUUUCUUUCCAGCAGCCAUCAAUCUAAUUGAGCCACACUGUGCCUAAGAAUUCGAGAACGGUGGAGUAAAGAACAUUCUUUUAACUUCUUACAAAAUUAACUGCUUUAGUUUUAGGCAGUAUUUUUGUUUUCACUAAAUAUUUAAACUAUUGUGUACGUGUGAUGUUGGGUGGAUGAAGUGGAUAUGGAUGGGGGAUAGUGGAUGAACAAGUAGAUAAGGUCGUAUAUACAUAUGCAUCUUGUUGUAUUAUAAAGACAAAGUCGUCUGUUUCUAGAAAUGAUUGACCAUCUCAAAACUGGUGUAGAUAAAAAAUAUCUUGAUUAAAGGUUUUUUUUCCUUAAUAGAAGUGUAAACACAUGGUGAUUCCACAUGUAAAAGACCAAACCAUCACAAAGUUGUUUGAUUAGGUUUUUAAGAGUUAAAAAGAGAGCUGGGGUAUUAAAAGAUGAAAAUCUCAAAUUAGAAUCCUAUAUGUGUAUUGUGUGAUUAUUUGAAUAAUAACUUAAUCUGGCGGGCCCUGCCCAUCAGUCAUGCGAAGAAUUAUAUCAAAAUGAUGAAAAAAAUAUCUGCGAGUGUAGAUG